GUGAAGAAGAAUCACUGGAGAAGAACAGAUUAAAAUGGUGCAAUGACUUGAAUAUUUGAAAUUUAAGCGUGAAAUUUUUUGCCCGGAUUGCCGGCCAUUGAAUAGAUUUUGCGGCUUUGCAGAGCGAUUUCCUUUUAUUCUAACCACUUCAACUACACUUUAUCGUUCCCAGCUGACGUGGUUUUGACAAUUUAGUUACUACAUGAUGAAAAAUGCUGGAGAAAUGGACCGCUUGGUUAGUGAAGGGGUCAAUCGUGGAUCAAUCAAGAUAUGGCCCCGUCUCAUUCACGCCAGUUGCUGAUCUGGACAGUGCCCACAAUAGCCGUCAUACUAGGUUAUUUCUGGUACAGACGGAAGAGACUUUCCUCAAAAACUGACCCAGGUGAAAUCGUCAAAGCUGUCGAAACACCCCCGAAACCAGUCGAUUCUGGUUCCCCUCGAACAUUUUCACGUUCGCUCUCAGGUGUUGAUUCCGCCCCCAUCGAUAUUGUUAUACCGCACAAGCUCAAAGCUACCAAGUCCAAUCCGGUAGUUAUUUCGGAUGAGGAUCUCGAUAUAGAAAUUGAAAAAAUCAAAUCAAUGAGAUAUAACGGAUCGAUUGAUAUGCGAAAAUCAAAUAGUUGCAGUGAAACGACGACUAAAAAAGGCUCCCCGAAGAAAUUGUCGCCAGUGAUGGCGCAAACCCCGGUUGAGGAAAAAGCCCCCGUUGUAGAAGAUGGUAAAGAUGAAAGAUCGUCUGCGAACAACGAGGUGCAAAGACAGAAUUGCGAGAGGGAUUCGGCGAACCACAGUCCAGCAGAUGUUAUGCUUGCCAGUCCGUCCUUGAGUAGUAUCUCGGACAAUCAGAGUGAGGGAUCAAAUGACAGCGGUAAAGGUGGAAGUGAUGUCGUGACCCCUCCCCCUUCACGCUCAUUGGUUCCCGAGAAUACCAACGUCAUAACCAUCUACGAAUUCGUGAUACCACAACAGCUAGUCGGCAAACUAAUCGGAAAACACGGCAGCUCCGUGGCCAACAUCAAAGACAAAACCGGCGCCCACGUCGUAGUGCGAAAGCACCCCACAAACAACAAAUUAAAAGUCUGUACAAUCGAGGGUUCGCAAAACGAGAUCGACAGCGCACUCAAACUUAUCAGGGAUAAAUUUCCACAAAAACGUUUUCCAGAAGUUACACUAGAACAAGUUUCAUUUCUACCUCAGAUUCCAGCUGUUUCACUAGUUCCAGAUCACUUAUACUUGAAGUUAAUCGAAGGUAUUAAUAACGAUACAAUCGUUAGUUGUAUCGUUGCGCCGAAUCAUCUCUUCUUGCAGCAGCCCACUCAUCCGUCGUUCCCGAAUCUUAACAUACUUAACGGUUGUAUGAACGUUUGCUAUGCCCAAGCGAAUUCCCCUAUGUUGCCAACACCUAUUCCAGAAAACACGAUUUGUGUGGCGUUUUCUGGAGACAGCUGGUACCGAGCUGUCAUUUUAUCGCAGGAUCAAACUAGCGGAACGAGUUACGUCAAAUUUUUAGAUUAUGGAGGUUAUGUGUAUAUAGAGAAUACGAACUUGAGGCAGAUCCGAGGGGACUUCAUGUUGUUGCCGUUCCAAGCUGCCGAAUGUUUCUUAGCCAAUGUUAAACCAAUUGGAGAUUCAGGAUGGCACGACGAAGCAUACAGCGCCGUAGCAGAAAUGACGAAAACCGCCAUUAUUUAUACACAAAUAGUCGAUUACACCGACGAUGGUGUACCUUUGGUUAAUUGCUAUUUAAUUUUAGGCCCAAAACGUGUAGUAUUUUUAAACCAGGAGUUAGUAAAGCAUGGAUAUGCUGAAUGGUUGAAUUGUGGAGAAGAAGCGGCAGGUGUGAGCGUGGCAUAACGCGUAGUGUAAUUUUUGUUAUAUAGUCACUUGAUUGUGUAAAUCAAGCUUUCGUUAUUGUGAAUUUUGUAGUGCAGUUAGUUGUUUUUUUGGAUCUAGCGUGUUUUUUUUAUGAAUGAUGUUGUUGGAGAACAGUUAGUUUUUAUUGUGAUUUGUUUAAUAUAGUUAAUAUAUUUAGACUGCUAUAUUUUCAAUACCAUUAAUCGUUGAUUGUGCUCAAUAAUUAUUAUAGUAUAUUAUAUUAUCUUCUAGGAGGUAGUAAUGUUAAUCUAAACAGCUAGAUUGAUACCGAAAAAUGCAGUUUUGGUGUACAGACAAAAAAAACUGCAUUUUUUGAGAAUAUUAAUCUAGCUUUUGUGCAUAUUUUGGGAGCAAUUAGGUGACUGUAGGAUGAUCAUUGCAGUUAUUCUUUUGUACAAAUGUUCCUACUUUUAAUUAUUUUACCAGACGGGUUGGGUGUUGUAUUUUGUGUUUAUUUUUAUUUGAACCUGGGGUUAUCCUACAAUUACGAUAUGAUCAAGUAUGUUAUUGUUUAAUUUUAGGAAUAACAACACAUUUUUACGUUCUCUCUUGCGUCUAAGGACAUUUUGUAUUUAUGAAGCAACGUUGUGUAUAUAAACUCUUGUACCGUUUUUGACUUUAAAUAUAACAUGUACAUUAACUAUC